AAGAUGGCUGCUUGAAAUUGUGUUUGGAAAAUACCGUUUUAUGAAUUUACACGAAAGGCAGUUAAUGGAAAAAUGGUUCGAAUUCUGGCCAAUGGUGAUAUAGUACAGGACGAUGACCCAAGGGCACGUAGCUCUACAGGUAGACAACGAGAUACGCAAUCAAACCGACCUCGACAGGGUUAUGUGCAGCAUGAAGAUCACAAUCAAUAUGGUGGAGGGGGACAACAAGUAUCAAUUAUAGAUGUGGGAAAUCAGAAACUCCUAGAUGCUGGUUUCCCCCGAUGGAACCUUGGACCAUAUGUUGUAGAACCAAUAGCUACUGUAGGAAUGCUCUUGGCCAUGAUGUUUUUCGGUUUACAGGGACUAUUGUUUGCAGGACUACUUUUCUUUGCGGUUAAAUGGAGUCAACAAACUCAAGGACGGAGGCAGUGAUCUUUGAAGAAUGUCAUCACAUCUUGUGUAUAUGACAGGUGUUUUAAAGUUCAAUGUGCAAUUUUUAAAUAGUAUUGAUUAUUGGAUGGAAAAAAUAUCACUUUUAGGACUUCUUCAUCAGUUUUAUAUAAUAUAUUAUUACUGGAAUUCUGUGUGUGCAUUAAAGUUGUAUUGUCAGUAAUAUUUUGUUGAAAGACC